CAAAGCUUACAGACUAAGAAUAAAGUUCCGUGUGGAUUAUAAAGCGUCUCUUCGUUAAUUACAUUUAAAAAUAAAUAAAAAACGGCUCAAAAAUGUCCGUUGGUGUUUAACAACGGCUCCAACGGCUACCAGAGCUAGUGCUAGCUAGUUAGCCGGCGAUUUACAACUGUCAUCAGCUGACGUUAUCUCUCUCUCUCCCUCUUUUCUCUUCUUCUCUCCCCCCCCAUCGUGCAUGAGAGGCUUUAACAACAAGCCGAGACUUCUUCUGCUUCGCGCACAUUUAUAUUUAUACUGUUUUUUCGAUCGUGUUGGUCUGUUGAUCGUAGUUUCGUCAAGACGGCGCCGUUAACGACCCGCGACCUUAUUGCGUACUGUCAGAGACCAGAAACCGCCCGGAUUGUCUCCAGAUGCACCACCCGGACCCUGCAGGAGACUCUGGCGGUGUUAGAAAGAUGGCACACCCGGCUGUCUUUCACAGGAGGGGUAGCGGCACCGGGACCGGGCCCGGGACCGGCACCGGCACCGGCUCCGCGCUGUCAACACCGGCCAACCCGGUCAGCAACAGCCACGUCCCGGCCGAUGAGUACCAGCCCUCCCUGUUGAUUCAGUGCCAACCUCCUGCUGGUUCCUCCUCCCCGGGUCUCCAUCACAUCCCCCCCCACAGCCUGAACCUGCCCCCGCAGUCCUCCGGAGCCCAGAUGAAGAAGAAGAGCGGUUUCCAGAUCACCAGUGUGACUCCGGCUCAGGUGUCUGUGAGCACCAACAACAGCAUCGCAGAGGACACGGAGAGCUACGACGACCUGGACGAGUCCCACACGGAGGACCUGUCCUCCUCCGAGAUCCUGGACGUGUCCCUGUCCCGGGCCAACGACAUGGUGGGGGGCGAGAGGAGCUCCUCGGAGGAGACGCUGAAUAACUUCCACGAGGCGGAGACCCCCGGAGCGGUGUCCCCCAACCAGCCUUCGCACCCGCACGCCCUGAACCCGGCUCGCCAGCCCGGCGGGGGGAUGGUGAACGGGACUGUGCACCCUGCUCCCGCUCCUCACCGGGCCCAGGUCUACCCGCUGUCCUCGGGGCCGCCUGGAGCUUCACCUUGCGUCACCCAGAAAAUGCCUUCUACCGUGGGGGUCCCUCAGGAGACCGGGUCCCAGGCCGCCCCUCCUCCGAGCAUGGUGGCCCCGGGGUCCGUCCCUGGGCUCCCCGGCUCUGCUGCGGGCGCUACAGUCAGCAUCGUUAAUCCCCAGACCAGCAGUGUUAGUAAUGUGAAUAUGUUGAGCUCUGCCAACGUGCCUGUGCGAGGCGGGAUCAGCUGCAGCAGUGGGGCCGUCGCCGGCGGGGGGAACCUCAUGACAACCGCAAACGCCGGCGUGAUCCAGCAGCAUCAGAACAUCCCCAUGACGACGACCGCCGCCGCCGCCGUCAGCGCCUCUGGAGGAGUGGGGCUCUCCAGUGGGAUCCAGGGGAGCUGCCAUGGCAACAGCCCUUCAGUGCCCUGUGAGCACUCACUGCACUGA